AGCGGCGGCGACAGCGGUGGCGGCUUCCGGAGUCCCGCCGCGAAGAUGCUCAAAGUCACGGUGCCCUCGUGCUCUGCCUCGUCCUGCUCUUCGGUCACUGCCAGUGUGGCCCCAGGGGCCGGGAGCCUCAUCCCGGAUUACUGGAUCGAAGGUUCCAACAGGGAUGCUUUGAGCGAUUUCUUCGAGGUGGAGUCGGAGCUGGGACGGGGUGCUACAUCCAUUGUGUACAGAUGCAAACAGAAGGGGACCCAGAAGCCUUAUGCUCUCAAAGUGUUAAAGAAAACAGUGGACAAAAAAAUUGUAAGAACUGAGAUAGGAGUUCUUCUUCGCCUCUCACAUCCAAACAUUAUAAAACUUAAAGAGAUAUUUGAAAGCCCUACAGAAAUCAGUCUGGUCCUAGAACUGGUCACAGGAGGAGAACUGUUUGACAGGAUUGUGGAGAAGGGGUAUUAUAGUGAACGAGAUGCUGCAGAUGCUGUUAAACAAAUCCUGGAGGCAGUUGCCUACCUACAUGAAAAUGGGAUUGUCCAUCGUGAUCUCAAACCAGAGAAUCUUCUCUAUGCAACUCCAGCCCCAGAUGCACCACUCAAAAUAGCUGAUUUUGGACUCUCUAAAAUUGUGGAACAUCAAGUACUCAUGAAGACAGUGUGUGGAACCCCAGGGUACUGCGCACCUGAAAUUCUUAGAGGCUGUGCCUAUGGACCUGAGGUGGACAUGUGGUCUGUAGGAAUAAUCACCUACAUCUUACUUUGUGGAUUUGAACCAUUCUAUGAUGAAAGAGGUGAUCAGUUCAUGUUCAGGAGAAUUCUGAAUUGUGAAUACUACUUUAUCUCCCCCUGGUGGGAUGAAGUAUCUCUAAAUGCCAAGGACCUGGUCAGAAAACUAAUUGUUCUGGAUCCUAAGAAACGCCUGACUACCUUCCAAGCUCUCCAGCAUCCAUGGGUCACAGGUAAAGCUGCCAAUUUUGUACACAUGGAUACUGCUCAAAAGAAGCUCCAAGAAUUCAAUGCCCGGCGCAAGCUCAAGGCAGCCGUGAAGGCCGUAGUGGCCUCUUCCCGGCUGGGGAGCGCCAGCAGCAGCCACAGCGGCAUCCAAGAGAGCCAGAAGGCUAGCCAAGCAUCAUCUCUGACCCAGGAUGGCAGUGAAGAUGUUAAAGCUAUUUUGGAAGGAGAGGAAGUUCAAGGAGUUGGGGCCCAAGUGGCAGCUGAGGGGGCAGAGGCUGAGCUGAUGAAGGUACAGGCCAUAGGGGAAGUAAAAGAUGCUGAUAGAAAUGCUACCAACAUGGUGCCCAAGGCACUAGAGGAUAGGAUAGAGGUGGCUGACCUGGAAAUAGAGGAGGGCUUAGCAGAGGAGGGCUUAGCAGAGGAGAAGCUGAAGACCACGGAGGAAGCAGCAGCCCCCAAAGAGGGGCAAGAAAACCCAGCUCUGGGAUUUGGAGCUCAGCAAAAUGAUGUGAUCCUGCCAGAGUACUGAUCUGGUUUCUUCUCAAUCUAGAAGUCAAAUUCUGGCAUCUUAUGCAUUUUGUCCUUCAGCAAGGAAGGUGUGGAAGCAUGAUAUGCACUAUAGUGAUUCUGUUUUUUGAGGUGCAAAAAAAAAAUACAUAUCUAUCAGUUGGUAAUCCUAAAUUCAUGCAUGUGACUGCUUUAUGAAAAAAUAGUGUCUUCUAUGGUAUGCAACGGAUACCUAAUGCCGAGGAGUUAAAUUUGAAAUCACAAGUAAACACAACAUAACAUUUAAAAACAUACAUGUUCAGGGACCAGUAGCACACAUUGAAGUAACUAGUAAAUUGUUAUUGCUUUGAAAACCUAGUCAUCAUACAUCGUUUGGAUUUCUUCAUAAAGCAGUAAUUCCUUUCGACUCUCGCUUCACUAAUAUUAGGUAGUGCUCUAAGAUGUGUUCCCAUUGCAUUCAUGAUAUCAUACUUUUCAAUGUGCUCAAACUAUCCAAUGUGUUCAAACUGUUUACAAGGAGAUGGUUACAGGCUACAGUUUCAUGAUAUGUACAAAAAAAAAAAAAUCCCCACUUACAAUGGUAAGAAAUUGAAGCAUACUUAAGGGUCAUGAAACAAUGCACUUAGAGCUUAUGUAGAGAAUGCUUUCUUAUUUUGUCCUUAUUUAUACAUACUAUAUUAUGAAUAACCAAAAAUGUCCUAUCACAAAUUCCUGCCAUUUUUACAAUCCUGGAGAAGGUAUUUUACAAACUCAUGCUGAGGAAUGUAUUCCUUCCUUCCCCUGCUAAUGGCAGUUCUUUCUCAUGGAGAACAAUUAAGGUGGGCUAUGGAAAUUGAGGGAAGAAGAGGGGCUAAGACCUGAACUUACACUCACAAAAGUUGACUGCUUGUCAUUUUUAUAAAAUUGGAUUUACUCAUGAGUUUGUACAACUUUAAAGACAGUGACAGUUUUAUGGAUAAACUCUAUAAUUAUCAAGUUUCAAAUAUUCAGAAAAAUCUACCCCACAGGCUGGUGUCCUAUGUCUGAAUAGAGUGAGAAUAAUAUUCCAUUAUAAGAUCAUUCAUUAUAGACUUAACUAGAUUAAGGAAGCUUUUGUUUGUGAAAUUCCUUUUUUCCUUCAGUUGAUAGUACCUUAUGAACUAUUGCUUAUGAACUAAAGAUAUUUCUGAAAAUCUGUUUUCUCUUUUUUUCAUACUUGGAAUAGAAUUGCCCAAAUUUUACCAUGUAAUUUUUAGUUUCCAUGCCAAGAAAUUUAGGACAGUGCAGCAUUUUAUUUACCUUAAAUAAAUGAAAAGAAAGUACUGAUUUCAAAUUAGACUCAUGAGAAACUAAUAAUAGAAUUAUUAUAAUAAUAGAAUUAUUAGACCUAAUAAUUCACCAUGAUUUUUUUCAAAGUAUUUUUCUUUGAUUUUCAUAUGAACACUUUUCCCCCAUAGAAAUCACACUUAAAUUCCAAGGACCUCUAUUUCUAGCUUGAGUUGAAGUGAACAUUUUUAUCGAUUUAUGCAUCGCAAUUUUAAGUUUCCUCAGUUUUAAAAAAGAAAUAUUCUCAAAGACCAAAAUAAUGGACAGUAAAAAUGACUGUCACAGAAAAAUCCUUAUCAAAAAAAAUCUUAAAUUAUUUUGGCUCUUCCUCAAAACUGUGAAAUUGGAAAACGAAAUUAAAUCUCCGGUUCCUGGGGGCUACUGGACCUUGGGAGACAUUCUGCUUUCCAAGUGCAAAACUUCCUUCUUGAAAGAAGAAAAGAUAGGACUUCUCAUCGUCCCUCUUUUAGGGGCCUGGCAGUUGACCAACGUGGACAAAGGAAAAAAGCCCUUAAGGGCACAUCAUCUGGGUUCAGAAGAACAUUUUUUGUUUUGAUUUAUUUUUAUUAGCUAGUAGAGAGUACUUAUCCUCUUCCCCGUUUCUCUCCUUCCCUCUUUAUCCUCUCUCGGAAUUUCCAUGUUAGUAAUUGCAAAGGGCUCACUAUUUUUAAUCUUUAAGAAUGCCUUUUUCACUAAGCAUUAACAUUUCCAUGUAAGAAGGUCAAUUGCCUGGUAUACUUUUCCAAAUGAGACUUAACAGGCAUGCAGGGUAAGUGUCCCAUAUAUUGGCAAAGGAAAGAAGAGAGGGAAAUGGAUCUUCUUAGAAGUGGUAAUUAGUUGGAAGAUCAGUACAUACUGCCCCUCCUGGCCCACUGUUCCAAGGGAAGGCAGUUGUCCUGUCAUUCCAUCGCUCAGGCCUUACUGUGCCUCUGGGCCCCAUGUAGCAGGAGCCAUGAAGAAAGACAAUCUUAAAUUAUUUUCCCAUUAAAAAAAGUCUAACUGGAAUCCCACUGGUUUUUUUCAAACUUUAAGAGCUCAUUUGUCCCACAAAUGCAUAAAUAAGGUAGAAAUUAGAAUAAUAUGAUUGUUGAAGUUAUCAUCUAGAACAAGUACUGUUAUUCCAAGGUAUAAUCAAUAUGAAAACUCAAUGAGAUAUUUUGAAUUUUGAAUUUUUAUACUAAGUUUUCAAAAUCAGGAGUACAUGUUAUACCUUUAGUACAUCAAGUGCUCAAUAGCCACAUGUGACUAGUGGCUAAUGUAUCAGAACAAAACUGUUCUACAGUAAUUCUUAAGCAAGAUGACACGUGGAUUGCCAAUGCUUGGAUUUGAGCUGCCUCAGUUUCACAUGGAUGAGCUGGUAGGAGGCCAAAAAGAAAAUGGUUCAGAAGUGUCAUAGACUGAAAUAAGUGAAAACUCUUGGCCACAUCUGCUUAAUCAUGUGCUUCAAAGGGAUGUUUCCCAACACGACUUUUAGAAAACAGUACUUUCCUGGGCAUUGCAAAAUUGUCUGUUGGCUACAAUCCUUCGAAUCCUCCUUUGGGCCCUGGAAUCUUGACCACCGGCUAGAGUCUCCUGAGUACUGCCAUAAAGUCAAUAGUAUUUUACAUAGUAUGAAUAGUAUUCAUACAUAGUAUGAAAAUUUACUGUGAGCAAACCAUGGGCCCCCAUUCAGGAGGGACAGCACAAAAAAUGUUAAUAGGAUUUUGUAGGGCUGGACUAAGCUGGGCAUCAUUUUCUAACAGGCAAUCUUUCUUUCUACAAAUCUACUGAAACAUACUAAAUUUGCAUGAUAAAGAUUAUAUGAUGAGGAGGAGGAUGAUAUCCCAGUUACCCCCAAAAUGAGAAUGGUCACCGGCUGGCAUUUUUUAGAUUUCCUUAGAACGAUUUAAUCAACACUGCCAUUAUACAUGGAUUCAAAAGACUUAGAAUUUUCUUACAUACUGCUAUUUUAGAAUAAUCCUCAAGGUUCUAUAGCCAUUUUUAGUGGCAAACUUAAAAAAGAAAGGAAUAGCUUGCCUUUUACUGUGACCUCAAUUACAUAGUAUUUUAAACACAUUUUGUAAUUUAGAAUGUCUAGCAAUCCUUAUUUCCAGUUUUACAUGCAAGGUAACUGCUGGUGGGUUGCCUACAGACCGAAGAUUUAAAGAGAGCCAUUUUGUUUCAUAAUUCAGUUUUUAUUCCACAGAAGCAUCUGGUUGCAUUUCAAAUUGGAAAACAGAAGUAAAUGCCAGAAAAGGCAAAGAAUAAAAUUAGUAAAUCAUUUAUUCGGUUUUAGGAUUGUUCUUGCAAAGUAAAUGAAAAAAGAAAAAAGGAAAAAAAGUCAACGAAGUGAAUCAGCACUCGGUUUUUCUGGAUGAAGGUUGACGCCACAUAAAACUGAAAUAAAUAUAAUGAGCAGAGUCAUUUACAUAACUACAAUGCCAUUAUGUAAUUUACUUGUCAUUGCAGAGUAUUCGGUCUGGUUAUGUAGGUCUACUUCAGAUGGUGCAAAGUUUCCAGACAUUUGCCUACAUAAUAGGAUUUGUAAUAUCCUUGCAAUUACUGUCUAUUAGGUCAUACUCCAAUUUCCUUAAUGUUCAUCAUGGAUAUGUUCCUGAUUAGGGUCAUUGUUAUCAUCUGAGCAUUUACUGGUUAAAUACUGCUUAAUGGCUAGACUCUCUGUAUGUCAUCGGUGUUUUUUAGAAACAUUUAUGUGCAUGCAAACACAAUGGCAUUAUAAUAUUCAUAACCAUAUGAUAAGCAGAAAUGUACCCAAUAACUUUCUAUACAUUUUUUUCAAAGUCCUUUUCUUCCCCUGGCACAACUCAGGGUGAGUUUCUGGCUCCUUGACAAAUAAGGGAAAAAAAGACCACUGGAGAGAUACCAGCUACCCACCAUGGUUACCAAGUUCAGCAUUUUCUCUUUCUACAUUCUGAUCUACUAAGGGCCAAGUUUUUGUCAUUAGUACUCUUUCAGAUAUCACCUGAGGUCAGAUAAUACAAUCUCAGCUCACAAAGCCCAACCAUUUAUAUACUUAUCUUGGAGAGCAAUAACAAACUUGACUCAUUUAUGUUGGCUUGUUUAAAAUACUGAUUUUCAUAAAUGCUUGUGAUAUACUCUAGAGGAUUUGAUUGCAUGAUUUUAACAUCCUUCAAGACUCAGCCUUUUCCCUAUCACCUGGCCCAGAGGUCCACCUAGAGCAAGAUGGAAGCCUUGAAUGAGAGCGGACCAUCUGACUCCUUUGCAGGAAUCAGACAUUACUCAGAAGACUCCAGGUGUCCGACCUGGUGGAGCUUAAAUGAGCCAAAAAUGGAAAGAAACGUCUUCCCAUGCCAUGACUGAAAGUGAUGCUAUUUGAAUAUUGGUAUAUUGCCAUUAUUCAGUAAUGAAAAAAUGGGACUCCACCAGUCAGCUACCCUUUCCCAUAUCUUGGUUUGCUACCACUUGUCCCAAAUCAAUGUUUUGUUCCAUCCUUCUGGCUGUCAGGCUGCCCUCUCAGCUUGUGAUAUUUUCUAAAACCUGGAAGGAAGAUCCCAGACUUGCUGGAGAAAUGCAGGGCCCUUGGUGGCCCAGAAUUUAGUCUGAAACUCUGAACAGCAACGCUAAGGCUACACAAUCAUGCUUGUUCUUAAUAUUUAUUUUCAGCACAUUUUGAAGAUUGACCUGGAAAAUCCAUGGAUAUGGAAUGUUUACAUCUGUGUAAUCUUUGCUAUGACCCAUUGUUAAAAAUGACAGCUAUUUAAUCUUCAGUCAUUUAAAAAUAGUAUUUCUUUUCCAUUUAGGAGGUUAUUUGGGGGCACUCAAAUACAAUGGGCUUCACAUUAGAAUUUUUGAAAGCUGUUUUUUCCCUAAGUGUUCUCACUCUGACAACAAUUUGUGGAUAAAAAUCUACUAGGUUGGUCCUUUCUUUGUCCUUUCCUUGAACCAUGUAUAGUAGUUCAUCUGGUUUGUAAAAGAUAAAAAUAUGACUAUAAAUUGAAAACUGUCAUAACUGCCUCCUGUUAACCUGACCUGUUUUAUUGCCUAUCAUGUAGCAACUCAUAGUAACAUAGAGUACAAAUAGCAUAUUCAUGAGUUAUGAUUUUGUUUACUUUUUAUAAUCGAGGUUAUUACUUGAGUUAUAAGUUCUCAAGGUGUUUCUAUUCAUACACCCUUCGUCUCAGUAUUAUUUCAUAUUUCUCAGUCCUCCUAAAGCCAAAAAAAUUAUCUAACAUGUCCAUUUAUUAAUUAGGUAGGCCCACACAACAUAAUAGUAGUAUUGUAUUCCGUAUCUGAUAGAUACUGCUCUAUUUCCCUUGAAAUUUUAAAAUUUCUUGUGAGUUCACUGAGUGGGAACAGCAGACAGGGGUUUAAGUAAUUCCUUAUGCCAAGUGAACUAAGCAUAUCAAGGAGAAGGUAUUAUUAGUAUACAUGAGUUAGAAGCUACUGUUUAUACUUUCUUAUUUGAAUAUCAAUCAUUCUUUUAUCUAUGGUUUUUAUGAAAUAUGCAUAAAACUUAUAUGUACAUUUUUUAAAAAGUAAUUUCCACAUCAUUACCCAAGGAAAUAACUAAAUCUCCAGAGAACAAUUUUUAGGAAUGAGGCAAACUAAGGUUCACAGACCAAAUCCACCAGAGGCCUGUUUUUAUAAAUAAAGUUUUUAUUAGAACACGACAGUGCUCAUUUAUUUAUAUAUUGUCUGUUGCUUUCACACCACUAGGACAGAGCUGAGAAGUUUUAAGAGACACUGAACCGGAUUGCCCAGCAAAGCCUAAAAUGUUUCUCUCUCUACCAGAAAACAAAACAAAACAAAACAUUAAACAACAACAAAAAAACAAACCUGAUGACCCUGGUCUUUCAAAGCACCAGAUGCUUUUUUGCUGACAUCUAGGCAUAUUGAUUCCCAUGGUUUCCUCUACUAAGCUUAAGGUUCUUAUUCCCAGAGGAAGCAGGAGAGCUUUGUUUCUGUUGCAGAUGGCCUCACAACAAUAAUUGUGCUGUAUGGACAACAUAACAAUGAAAUAUCCCUACAGAACUAAAAAUUCCAAAUUGCAUCAUUCCUGAAAAAAGAAAUUUAGAGUAUGAAAUGACCUGGUUAAGAAAGAGGAGAAUUAAAAAGAUUUCUAGCAUUUUGAGCAUGUUUUAGAAAUGUGAUCACUAUAAUUAAAAUCAUGAAAGUGAUUUUUUAUACUGAUAUUUGCUCACAUUUAACUCAAUCUUCAGCUGUUACUUCAGUAAAUGAAGAAAUAAGAGUGCCCUUUGGUUCUGAAUCCUUAAGAAUGUUCUUAAGUAAUUUUAUAUCUGCUGGAUUUUCAUUUAAUCAUUUUUAGGAAAUAAUAUCCUUUAUUAUUAUGUAGCUUUCUAUGACCAUGGCAGGCUCAUCAAUAGCCCAGGGGGAGGCAGACAGCCAAUUCUUUUAUGGAAGGAAGCUACUUUCCAAUCUCAGUGAUCUGGGAGAUACUUCAUUUCUUUGAAAAGAGAGGGCCUUGAAUAAAUACUUGCUUUUACUUUUCUCACAUAUUCAGAAAUCCAAGGAGGGUGCGGCACUUAGUCUAUUUGUGUCACAGAGAAAUGAUUCAUUCCACAAUAUCUGCCUUAAGGGAAGCAGAUAACCCAGAUAUUGAGAAAUGUAGGCAUCCAUGACCUUUGUUGACUUUGAACAUCUGUAGCCAAAAGGUUACAAAGGAGGUCUUGUGUAGAAAACCUAUUAUCAGCUUAUUAUCAGGAACAUCUAAGAUAAUGUCAUGACUAACUAAACAAUAUGCUGUUUUCUUUAAACUGUUGCAAUAAUUAAUAAGAUGUAUCGCCAGGAUACACUAUAGAACUCAGGGUAAAAAAAGAGAUGAAUUUUCUGCUCCUUCCUCACAGUUCCUGUAUGUAAGGAGACUUCACUGGAAGGGGAAAGGGAAGAGAGAAAAAGAUUAGGAGUCCAUGCUCCCACCUGCCUAUUUUUAUAAAUGAUCAGUCAGACCUUGAAGGCAGUUGUUCAGACUUAAAUUUACAUUUCUGCAUUUCUCUCAAUAAUUGGGUCAUCUGCUUCCCUUAGAAAUGAAUAAAGUCAAUAGCUAAGUUUCUUCUCAGAACCAGACACUAAACAGUAGUACUAGUUUAGGGGAUAUUAGGCCUACCUCACAAGCACAUUUUAAGGAAAUUCUGUGCCAAUUUUUAAGCUUUCCAGUACGUCCCAGGCACCCAUUUUCUCAGUAAAUUUUCACUGAGAAACACUUAUAUAUGAUGAAGUAGUUUAGAGAUGAGCCCAGUGCUCCCCUCUAGGAGUGAGCUUUGUAGUUGGAAGAGAAAAAAUACAGGUGUACAUACAUAACCUGUGCUAAAUCUAAGCAGGCAGUAAGUCCUCUAGGGAUGCAAAGAAGGAGAAACUCCCUUCUGCCUGUAAUGAUGCUCCAGGAAAUCUUCAUGGGAACACAGGCUGGAUGUGAAGGAUGGGGAGAAUCUUUGCAGAGAGGGAAGAAGGCAGCAGGUUUGGCUGAGAAAUCUACAGAGUGGAGAAAUGCCAGGCCCAUUGGUGAAGGAACAGCACCUAUGUGAAAGACUAAACUCUACAGGGAAAUGUUACGAAGUCUGCAGGAAAGUCUUGGAUCUUGUGCAAAGUUUAAAUUAGACCUCCUUUCUUAGUCUGGGUAGAUAAGUGUGCAGCAUUUCCUCAGAGCAUCUAGCCCUCUGUGAUCUCCUAUAUAGAGAUUGGUUAAUUUGGUGCAUUCCUAAGUAGAAUAAAAAAAUCAGCCAACACAUCAAAGACAUUUUUUCAAGUCACCUGUUGAAGCAAAUCCUCUGUCACUAAAAACAAUAGCAUACAAUGAGUGAUUUCUGAGUAAGCUUUGCAACACCCCAAAAUCUGAAGGACUCCCUGGGACUCUAGAACAUCACCUAACCACCUGCUGAAGUUUUGCCAGUAGAAGCCCACGUCACGGUUCCUUCUGUCAUAGUUAUUUUCACCUUUAAGUUAUCAGACCUGAAAGGACGAUCCCCACUGGGAUAGAAUCACACUUGAAAGUUUAGACUUCAAGAUGACUUGUCAUAAAAAGUCAAGUCUCCGGCAACAAAAUGUGUAAUUUUCACAACUGCUUUCCCCAAACAUCAAGCUGGUCCUCUCAAGGCCUCUCUCUUACCUCCCCCCUCCCUUUUGUCUCUUGAUACACCCUUCUAUAAAUCCCUUUUUACAUCACUCACUGCAGGCAGGAUUUGACUUCCAUCUUCAAGAAACUUAUUUUUUAAAAAUAUUUACCGAGUCAGAUUACACCUUAUAUAUCCUUCUAGUAGUCUUGCCACGUUGCUUGUCUCAGAUACUGUCCAUGAUUAGUGAAUGGCUGCAUCAGUCCUCAAGGCCAAUGAAACAACAAGGUUGGGACAAAGAAGGGACAAAGGUUGACUAUGAUCCCAGGAAUGGAAAAGAAGCAAAGACAGAUACUGUCUUAAGAGAUAUGAAGAGAAGCUAAGAGCUACUGUGAGUGCAUAGAAAACCCAAGUGAGCGGGUAUUGAGAAAGGAAUACUUCUUACCAGGGUUUUUCAGGCUUGUGAAAUGAUCUGGUAUGUCUUUUCUCCUCUGACCUAGAAGAAAAAUUUGUACCUGUGGGUUGUUGAAAGUUUCCUGGACUAACAGGACAUAAGCUCAGAGCAGCACCGAGGAUUUGAUUGACAAGUACUGUUAUAUACAGGGAACCUCCAUGUGCAGUAGUGUGUACUGCCAGUCAUUAGCUAGAAACAAGUGCAUGUAGGAUUGGGGGACAAAGAUAAAGUAUAAAUAUUUCAGUUUAGUCAGCCAAGGUCACAGGCCACCUUCCCAAUGUCUGACUGAAAAAGGAGCUGUGAACAUUUCAUUUCUAAAAUCUGUCAAAAUGGUGCUAUUGACUUCUUCAUACAGAGAUCUAUUACAAUAUUUUUUAGAUAAACAUGUAAGCUGACCUAGGCCAUAAUGUAAAUACAGAAAAUGUUAGUAGAGAAUUCAUCAAAAUCAUGCCUGUUUGCUUUUGAUUGAGCUUCCCUAUUCUUCAGUGGCAGUGACUGACCAUGAGUCCCUGCUCCCCACAGAUGGGACACAGAGUCCUUGGCGCUCUCAGUGGCCCAGAGCCUGGGGCAGAUGACAUGAGAGCUGUAGACAACUGCUGCUUCUUGGACUCAGGUUGGAUAACCUGAUUAAAUGACUAAACAUGCUCAUUUUUUUGGUGUUUCCUAGGAACAUGAAAGAAUAUGUGACAUGUGGCAGGGCCAAUGUUACUUUGUGUUAAGUUCACCCGGCUAUGUCAGAGCAUGCCAAAAGAAGCAUAUUCCUUCCUACUGCAAACUCUGUAAAGCAAUUUGCAUGUACGGUGUGAUAAUAAAUCAUGUAAGAGCCCACCAAAA